AUGUCGCUGACCACCAUCGAACUCAAGGUGCAAGUUGCGAUGAGCCUGCUCGAUGGCGACGCCCGCACCUGGGCCACUCCUUACUUUGCCCAACUUGCGUCGGUGCAGAUGGGUGCUCGCUUCGGUAAUCUCGACGAUGAGGCAGCAGCACAAGUAAAGUUGGCGAAGCUCUGCGCGGACAAGUCAGUCCGCGAAAAACGCACCGCCGCAGAGUUCUCCACGCUGUUCAAGGGUCCGGCGGAUCGCUCUGGGUAUGGGGACCUGGAGCUACGUGACAAGUACCUGAGUGGCAUCCCCUCCCGCGUCUACCGGAAAAUCGAGCUCGAGACCUUCACCACGUGGAGAGACACUGAGAAGCGCACCACCGAGGUCGAGCAGAUCCUCGACAUCAGCCAGGCCUGUUGGCCCGAGCUGAACAACUUUUUCUCAGUACGAGGUCGAGGACGUGGAGGGGCACAUGGUGGUGCACCCCAGUCGCAUGCAGCUUCGGCCAGCAUCAAUGCGGCCGUCAGAAAAGGAGACUUCUUUGGCAGUUGUUUUGGCUGCAGGAAGCAAGGAUAUCAACAAUUCGAGUGCCCCAAUUGUAAGGUCAAGCCUUACACAAAACACAUUGAUACACGGGCUACGGUUGCCUCGGGUUCCACCCAGGUGGCGACAAGCACCCCUGUCGCUUCAUCCUCGGCGGGUACAAGCACCACUUCAGCGAAAUUGAAAAGCUCCGAGCUGGCGGACUUAGUAGCACAGAUGAAGUCGAUGCGCGAGGAGUUGGAGCACUAUCGAGCGCUCAAAGAAGAGUCUUUUUGA